CCCAUUAUACGCCAUUGUUAGACGAGUCACUGCUAGUGAAAACCAUAUGUCCAACUAUUGACCCACAGAGUUGCUGUUUUGUCGGUCUUUAUUUUACGAGAUGUGGGAUUGUUUAGCUGUGACAGUCUUACGCAACAGUGGCAGGCUGGUUUUCAGAAUUCCUAUCUAUGACGUAGCUGUGACCCAAAGUCUUGGUAAUGGAGAUAGAAUGGAUCGUUCACCUGUGCCGCAGGCGCACUGAUGGCGCCUUUGUCAUUCUGAAGGAGAUCCCGGUGGAGCAGAUGUCUCGGGAUGAGCGCCUGGCGGCUCAGAAUGAGUGUCAGGUGCUGAAGCUUCUCAACCAUCCAAAUAUCAUCGAAUACUAUGAGAAUUUCCUGGAGGACAAGGCGCUUAUGAUUGCCAUGGAAUAUGCGCCGGGUGGAACAUUGGCUGACUACAUCCAGAAGCGCUGCAACUCCCUGCUGGAUGAAGACACCAUCCUCCACUUCUUUGUCCAGAUCCUGCUGGCCUUGUACCACGUCCACAACAAGCUCAUCCUGCACAGAGACCUGAAGACACAGAACAUUCUUCUGGACAAUCACCAGAUGAUCGUCAAAAUCGGCGACUUCGGCAUUUCCAAAAUCCUCGUCAGCAAAAGCAAAGCAUACACUGUGGUUGGGACGCCUUGUUAUAUCUCUCCAGAGCUCUGUGAGGGGAAGCCUUAUAACCAGAAGAGCGAUAUUUGGGCUCUUGGUUGUGUUCUGUACGAGCUUGCAAGCCUGAAGAGAGCCUUCGAAGCUGCUAAUCUUCCUGCUCUUGUUCUGAAGAUCAUGAGUGGAACGUUUGCUCCCAUCUCUGACCGGUACAGCCCAGAACUACGACAGCUCAUACUCAACAUGCUCAACCUGGAUCCAUCUAAACGUCCACAACUCAACGAGAUAAUGGCCCUUCCCAUCUGCAUCAGGCCACUGCUCAAUCUCUACACAGACAUCGGCAAUGUCAAGAUGAGACGGAUUGAGAAACCGCUGUCUACAGUGCAGACUGGUCCACAGGGUCGACCAGGAGGGAGAGUGCCCACCAGCAGGUCAAGAGAUUUGGCUGUGAGUUUGGCAACAGGGAAGAUGCAUUCGCUUCCUCUGUCGUCGGUGUAUACGUGGGGCAGCGGCAUCUCGACCCCGCUACGCCUUCCGAUGCUCAACACCGAGGUUCUGAAGGUCUCAUUGGGGCGAACUCAGAAGAUGGGGGUCACAAAGUCAGGUCGCCUCAUCACAUGGGAGGCUCCUUCUGUCGGGUCUGGUGAGACCAGUUUGCCGGGCGCAGUGGAGCAGAUGCAGCCUCAGUUCAUUUCACGCUUCCUGGAGGGUCAGUCAGGGGUCACCAUCAAGUCGGUGUCCUGCGGAGAUCUUUUCACCACCUGCAUGACAGACCGGGGCAUUAUCAUGACUUUUGGAAGUGGGAGCAACGGCUGUUUGGGGCAUGGGAACUACAAUGAUGUAACUCAGCCCAAGAUCGUGGAGGCUCUUCUCGGCUAUGAGCUGGUUCAGGUGUCAUGUGGUGCUUCCCACGUCCUGGCUGUGACUAACGAAAGAGAAGUAUUUGCCUGGGGACGGGGAGACAAUGGUCGCCUUGGGCUCGGCACACAAGACACUCACAACUCACCCCAGCAGGUUUGUUUACCUGCAGAAUUUGGGGCCCACAAGGCGGUGUGUGGAGUGGACUGCUCCAUGAUCAUCAGCACGCAGCACAGUAUCAUGGCGUGUGGGAGCAACAGGUUCAACAAGCUUGGCCUUGACAAGAUAACAGCUGGAGAGGAACCAAGUCCUUCGAGUCAGGUGGAGGAAGCGCACUGUUUCACUCCGCUCCAAUCUGCUCCCAUCAACACGGAGAAAAUAGUGUGCAUUGAUAUCGGAACUGCUCACUCGGUCGCUGUCACAGAAGCAGGUCAGUGCUUCACCUUCGGCAGUAAUCAGCACGGACAGAUGGGCUGCAGCUCUCGCCGUAACGGCCGAGUCCCGUACCUGGUGCAGGACCUGCAGGGCAUCACGAUGGCGGCGUGCGGCGACGCCUUCACACUCGCCAUUGGAUCCGAUGGUGAAGUGUUCACCUGGGGCAAAGGCGCCCGCGGCCGCCUGGGGAGGAAGGAGGGCGACUCUGGUGUACCAAAGCCCGUGCAGCUUGAUGAGAGCCACCCAUUCAUGGUGACAUCAGUGGCCUGUUGUCAUGGCAACACAUUGCUGGCGGUGAAACGUAAUAAUUCACUUAAAAAGUAUCAUAAGUACAGGGAUGUCGAGUCUGAUGUUAGGAGAAGUGGAACUUGAUUUAACUCUCCGGCCUUUCAAAUGGAGCUACUAGAAGUGGGGCGUCCUGAAGGCCAUGAAUGUGAAUAGUCUUAGCUGACUCAGCGUUAUUUAACCUGGAAGAGGAUGAUUUGGUGUGGGUUCACAAAACGUCACAAAACGGCAGGUCCUGGUGAAGAUGGGAUUAAACAGUUCCAGGGAAAUGAUGGAGGUUUAAGGGAGAUUAAAGAUCACAAUUUAAUAAAUAACUGUGAAGUCAGUAAUCCUGGCUUCGUGGCUGAUCGUUGACCGCAGAGGCAGAGUUUCCUGUCGUCGUUUUUUAACUGGCUUCUGAACUCAACACUGCCAAUGGUGGACUCUCUGUCCACCGCCAUCCCCCCUGGUUCGUCCAGUUCCUCUCUCACUCUCCCUCAUGUGUGUGGUGUCUUCAUGAGCUCGGCCUGCUCUCUAACGAGUGUCUCUUGUUGCAGCUUUGCUCGAUGAACCAGCUCAGAGAUGAUCGUGAGUCGGGAGGCCCCGCGGUGACGUGAACGACUCUCCAAAUCUCUCCCCGUCUACGCUUGCACGUGUGCCGCGGCCGCCUGCUCCAGUUGCUGCUGAAUGUAGAGCAACAAAGAGAGAGCAACAGGUGAAUCUCACCUGCAGGAAUGUGGCCAUCGACCUGGUUCACAGCAAGUGGAGCCAUUGUCCUCCCUCACGUGCAUGAGGAAGCAUCAGUCAAGGGCCGACUGGGUUUGGCCUCUUAAGCUGCCCAUGAAUAGAGUGAAUGAAAGUCGCUUGAGUGCGACUCAUCAGUCAAGUCAACAAGCAGAUUAAUCUUGAUCACAGCGUCAGUGCUCACGUUUUCUCUGCUGGAUUACAUCUCUAUGCUGAGGGAAAUAACGACUGAGGCUGUUGGUACCUAUCUGUCUAUCUGUCUGUCUGUCUAUCUGUCUGUCUAUCUGUCUGUCUAUCUGUCUGUCUAUCUGUCUGUCUGUCUAUCUGUCUGUCUAUCUGUCUGUCUAUCUGUCUGUCUAUCUGUCUGUCUGUCUGUCUGUCUGUCUGUCUAUCUGUCUGUCUAUCUAUCUAUCUAUCUAUCUAUCUAUCCUUUUUAAUUCAUCUUUAUACCCAGUAUUUAAUUAUAUUUAUCCAUCUUUCAUGUGUCUCUACAUGCAUCUACUUCAAUGUAUCAAUGGCUCUGUCAAGUUACCGAUCUGUCCAUCAUCCAGUCACAUGAUCAUUCAUCCUUCUAACCAUUGUCCCGUCCUUCUGCCUCUGACUGUCCUCCGUCUGACAAUCCAUCCAUGUUUUUAGAAAAGUGUCUUUUUAUCCAUCAAGUUAUCAUGUCUUCCACAUGGCCACUCAUCUCCCUGUUGGGACGUGUACAGAUAGACCCCUAGUGGUGGCUGACAAUGCAUGAGAGAAGUGGGCCUCUUGGCGCCUCUUAAGUUACUUUUUUAGCCUAAAUAUAUUUUGGUAACUGAAGGGGCAUUUAUUUGAGUCCUUGUGAGACUUGAUUCCCAGCCUACAAGGUGCUUAGCCGCAAAGUAGCCCGUCCCACUCCACAUGAUGCCACGGAGCUCAGCAGUCAAGCGGCUCUUUUUGAGCCCCAGCAUCAGACAGGUGUACAGGUGCCCAUCUUUCUGUCUUGAGCACCUGCGGCCCCAGAAUGUCAGACGCCUGUUCUUUCAUUCAUCCAUCCACCAGACCCCAUCUAUCAUUCACUGCAUCACCUUCUCCAUUUACACAACACAUUUGUGUGGGACAAAGUAAAGUAAAGUACACACCUGUUUUAUACGGGAUACACUGGCUGAAUUAUGCAGAGACCCAAAGCAACAUCAUAUAAUGUAAAGUGAAAUCAUUGUUAUAAUAACCUGCACUGAUUCGAUACGUUUGUGUCGUAGUUGUAUGUCGUUUACACACACACGUGUUGCUGUUUUCAUGCCAUGCCAAGCUAAUCGAAUACGUUUCGAUGUCUAAUCCCGAUCAAUUAAUCGAUGACUAUUGUUUCCCGAGACGAUGAUGUAAUGGUGAUGUAAUGCAGCGGCAACAAAGCAGGUGGAUCGCUGCUUCAGUGGUGAGCCUCGCUUCACACGGCAUCUGAGGAUUCUCACUUGACACGUUUAUUAAACA